ACGCAAUCUGCUCACCAACCUUUCAGCCCCGUCGUACUUGGCGGGGCCGAGGCGGAUCUCUAAUAAUACCGUCUACCUAUUGGCGAAUGAUGAUGAUGAUGAUGAUGUUGAUUAUUGACACGCGGAAGAGUUCUUGCGGCGCUGGUGGUUUCGACGAAGAAUUCCUCCACUCCAUUCCGGAAGGUCAAAGACUAAUCACUGCCUAACCACAGACACUACUGUAUACAUGUACCUGUCUACCCGACCCAUGCACAUUUCGCUUCUGCAGGCCAUCGACAUCCACCCUCGCGGCCCCGCAUUGCGAUUGGCGGAGUCGGCAAAUGCUUCCACAUGUCCUUUCCGAACGACAGGCUGACGAGAGCCCAGGGCGGUGGGUAGGAAUGGGCGGGCGGGCGGCGGGAAGACGGGCAUUAGGGGGCCCAGAUGCUGCCGCUGUCCAUCGAUAUCUCCAGGCAUUAUUCUGGGAUGUCGAAAGGAGGCUGACCGGACCUGGUUGCUGGCCAUCCCGGCCGCGAUUUGACGACCACUACCCGGACAGGACAGGCCAGAUGCCGUGGCCGGGCCCCUCAUCAUCAAUAAUCACAAUCUCCUCGCUCGUCAGCAGCAUUGGCAACGCGGACCGCGGGCAUGGAUGCACCAAAGCGGUAAUUACCCUUGGGCCGCCUGAGAGGUACGCCAACCUUCUUUUCCCUCGCCAUGCCUCGUUUUGUACCUUGCACGCCACGCCCGUUGCGCCUGUGCUUCCUUCUAGCUCCACUUCUACGCCGCCCUUCCCUGGCCCUACGGCGCCGCCGUUCUGCCUUCAUCAUCCCAAUCGUCUGCGUCCAUGUCCUCUUGCAUGUCCCUCGGCGCCCGCGGAUGGCUGCAAGCGUCGCCUCCCCUGUCCCGCCGCCCCACGAAGCACAUGUCCGACUCUAGUGUCACUCGCGGCCAUCGCAUCCACUCUCGCCUGAUGCUCCGCCGGCGCACCUCAUCUGUCCACACGAAUAGCCGAGUCGUGCUAAUUUCCACCCGUUGCUGCAUGAGCACGAGACAUAUACGCCCGACUCU